AGCUCCAGCUGCGUCCGUGUCGGUCAGUCCGUUGGCAGCCAAUCAAGCGAACGGUCAACGAGGAAAAUGUCUGCCAGCAAAGGAGUUUUGCUGCUCGCAGUGCUGCUGCUGAUAGCUGCAAUCGGUGGCCGGGGGGAAACGGUGCCGUGCAAAGUGAAGGAUGCGGAGCAGGGAAAGGUGUGCGUGUGCACGGCUGAUUAUUGCGACUACUUGGAGAAUCCCACGCUGACGGACGACACAGAAUUUGCACUGAUUUCCAGCUCCAAGCAGGGUCUGCGAUUCGCCACAUCCCACGGACACUUCGGGACAGAGGACACGUACACUGUGCAGGACUAUACUGUGGAGCCCGUUCCAGAGGCCAAAAACAAGACAAUUUUCUCCCGCUUGCUGGAUCAGGCUUUGGACAGUGCCUUCACCUUGGAGUCGCGCGAGAGCACCAUCACCCGCUUCGUGACACUGAAAGUGAAUCGCAGCAAAACCUACCAGACAAUGACGGGCUUCGGUGGUAGCUACACCGGAGCCGUAUCCUACCUAGUCGACAAUUUCAAGCAGCCUGAGCUCGCCGACCAUCUGUACAAGUCCUUCUACGCUGAAGAGGGGCUGGGCUUCAAUCUGAUGCGCAUAUCGAUCGGCGGCUGCGACUUUGACCUCGGUGCCUGGGCCUAUGCCGAGGAAGAGGACAACACAAUGCUCGACGGCAUGGACGAGCUGGACGAACGCGAUGUGAUGCGUGUGGGCCACAUAAAACGCCUCGUCGAGGUCUCGGGCAUAAAGAAUCUGCGAAUUAAGGGUGCGGCCUGGAGUGCUCCGCCUUGGAUGAAGACGAACAACAGGUGGACAGGAUUCGGACGUCUCAAGAAGCAGUACUACCAGACCUGGGCCGACUACCACCUCAAGUGGGUGAAACUGAUGGAGGAUAAUGGACUGCCCAUCUGGGCCAUUUCCACAGGCAACGAGCCACUGAACGGAAUCUUCUUCAUGUACUUUGUCAAAUUCAUGAGCAUGGGCUGGACUCCACAGACGCAGGCCAUCUGGUUGAACGACCAUCUGGGGCCAACGAUCCGAAACUCUGAGUUCAAGGAUAUCAUCCUUUUCGGCAACGAUGAUCAGCGCUACUCCUUUCCACACUGGUUCAAAAUGAUGAAUUACACACGCCCCAAUUCGGUUGAUUACCUGGACGGAUUAUCGCUGCACUGGUAUUGGGAUGAGAUUUUCGGUAGCAGUCUUAUCGAUGAGACCACCGAUUACGCGCCCGACAAGCUCCUAAUCGUCUCCGAGUCGUGCAUCGGCGAUAAGCCCUGGCAGAGGUCGGCCCCCGUCCUGGGCAGCUGGGAGCGGGCUGAGAAGUACACGCGCGCCUUCUUGGAGAACAUAAAACAUGGCUUCCAUGCCUGGAUCGAUUGGAAUAUCAUUUUGGACGAGGAGGGCGGCCCCAACUAUGUGGACAAUACAGUCGAUGCCCCCGUCAUUGCCAACACCACAACCAAUGAGGAGUUCUACAAGCAGCCCAUGUUCUAUGCCAUGGGUCACUUCUCCAAGCUGGUGCCAGAGGGCUCCAUACGCGUCGAUGCUGUGCCCAGCAACGUCAAUCUGGAUUGCGUUGCCUUCUUGCGGCCGGACAAAAAGAUUGCCGCCGUGCUCUUCAACAGCGGACGCGCCGAUACAAACAUUACUGUGGUGGACAGUGAGCGCGGCCAGUUUACGGUCAAUGUGCCCGCCAAGUCCAUUCACACCUUGCUGUACAGCUGAGCACAUUUUUGCAAUAAACAAACUUUUAUUGGA